AUGUCCACGACGCUGCUCCAGAACAUUUCCGAGCGUGGCCUUCUGAAGGCUGAUGGCUCCGGCGUUGCGCUUCGAAGUCGCGCAGAACGCGGCGACCGCGUGGACCGCGCGGACCGUGCCGCAGAGAGUGACGCAGGUGAGGUCGAAAGCGUGGCGAGCGCUGCAGCUGCAGCAGCUGCCGCAAAAGCAAUUGCCGCCCUGCAGAGGGAUCGGAAACCUCGCAGUAGCGCGCGGCCGAGCUCAUCAUGGGCCCCAGCACUGAUGGCGUUGCCAGCGCAGCCACAGCCGGCGCAGCCAGCGCAAGGGGAGCCGUCGCAGGCGACGGAGUUGCCAGGCAGAAGCUCCGAAGUCUCGCAGGCAAGCUCCCCAGCGCCGGCGCGCAUUGUCUCGCGGGUCACAACGCCGCUACGUGUGUACACCCGGAAGUCUAGACACAGCCACGGCAGCAAAUCGUCUGACAGGGUCUCCAUUGAUGUGGACGAUGCUGACUUGGACAAGGAGCUACUAUUGCUUCUGCCGGGACCAAGGCCUUUCAUCGAGUCCGCUUACCGUGGACCCAGGGCAGGAUACUACUUCAGCACUGGUGAUCGUGGACUUGGCUACUACUCCGAUGUGAAAAGGCCGUUCAUCGCAGUUGAGCAGUACUUAGGGCCGAAAGAAGGCUACUACUUUGGCACUGACGUACGUGGACUUGGAUACUACUUCGACUUGAAGAGGCUGCGCAACGAGCUGAAGGCCUCCGGCACAAGCACUGGUGCCAAGGUGAAGGUGACGACAUGCGCAAGCACCAGUGCCGAGGCCGGUUUUGCUAAAGCUGCGCCAGUGAUGACAGUGGUGGAGGUUGAUGCGGCAGACGCUGUCGCGCGGAAUGCUCUGGUCGAGGUGAGGAAGCGGCAACUUCAGGCGCAGAAGCCACCUGCCAAGCGCCAAGCAGUUGACGCGGAGAAGGAGCGGUUGCCAGCAACGCCCCAGCGCCGGAGCACGGGGUUCACAGAGGCAGCCCCGCCAAGCCCAACUUCUGUUCAGCGGAGCCGCCGCCCCGAGAGCUGCAGCAUUUGCUGCGAGGACUUCGAAAUGGGAGCUGCGGUGCGGCUUUCCUGCGGUCACGGCUGGUACUGCGCUGAGUGUUUGCGGAGGCACGCAGAGGCAAGAUUGGAGAUGGGAGCAGUGGACGUGUGCUGUCCUCAAUGCAACACAGCUAUUGCCGAGCGCACGUUGCGCAGCGUUCUACCAACCACUCUCGUGGAGCAGCUUCUUCGAAGGAGCCUGGAGCAAGCAGUGUCAGCUGCUGCUGACCUCUAUGCCUGUCCGACGCCGAAUUGUGCCUUCCGCGUUGCUUUGGAGGACGGAGACGUCCCGCGAUUGAGAUGCCCGGAGUGCAAGAAGACAUGCUGCCUGCUUUGUGGAGCACAGCCUUAUCACAGAGGGCGCAGCUGCGAGGAGAACGCACGUCUUCGUCCGAAGCGGGGCUCGGGGGAGUCUGCGCUACGGAGGUGGAUGGAAAGCGCUGGCGCCAAGCAGUGCCCCACCUGUCAUGCCAUUGUUACCAAGCAAAACUUGGAGAAGCAGAACACGCAGUACGUCGAGUGCCACAAGAUGAUGUGCCGAAACUGCGAGACAAAAUUCUGCUUCAAAUGCUUAAUGGUGCUCUCCGGGAAGCCUGCCUGCAGCUGCUCAAGGGCAGAGCAUGGCUUCAUCAACCCAAAGACUGGCCGACGGCUGAAUCAUGUGAAGGCCAAGGCUAGAUCAAAUAAGAAUUGA